AUGAGCUCUAUUACUCUCACAGCGGAUACCAUCGUCCAGAAGGGAUUGCCAAAGCCCUCACGACCUUGGGAAACCAUCCGAGAUGAAAAGAGGGCCGAGCAGUUGUCCAGGAUUCCCGAGAGCUGGAGACUGGAAUCUUCGUUGCAUCCAACCCCAGAAACCGUGGAUUUGCGACCUGUUGCUGCCACCUCCGGGCUACUUACUGAGAGAGAGCUGAUUAUCACGGGCGAAAGGUACGAUGCAACAUCCCUCGCCGCCGAGAUUGCUAAGGGCACGUACACUGCGGUCGAGACGGUUACGGCGUUUUGCAAGCGGGCUGCAAUCUGCCAGCAGCUUUGUAACGCUUUGACUGAGAUAUUUUUCGCCGACGCGAUUGAGAAAGCAAGAGAAUUGGAUGACCACUUUAAGAGGACGGGUAAGACCGUGGGACCCUUACAUGGUCUGCCUAUAACUUUCAAGGAGUGUUUCCAUGUCAAGGGGUACGAUGCGAGCAAUGGCUACAUUUCCAGGUGCUUUGACCCUUCUACCACGACAACUCCCAUUAUUCAAUUUGUCGAGGAUGCCGGGGCCGUCAUUAUCGCGAAAACCAAUGUCCCACAGACCAUGCUUGUUGCUGAGUGCGAUAACAAUGUCUUCGGACAUACCAAAAACCCAGUUGUCAGUCAUUUAACCUGUGGCGGCAGCAGUGGUGGUGAAGGAGCCCUUUCGGCAUUUAGAGGAAAUUCAUUAGGCGUCGGUACAGAUGUAGGCGGCUCAAUUCGGCUCCCGGCUGCCUUCAACGGCGUGUAUGGCUACAAACCCUCGGUGGGUGUCCUUCCCUUUAUCGGUUACGCUGCCUCUGGCUGGACCGGUAUGAAUACCGGGAUUCCUGCAGUCCUCGGCCCAAUCGGCCAUUCGAUGCGAGAUAUGAUCUUGUUUACCGAGGCAGUCCGCGCAGGUCAGCCUUGGAAUUUCGACCCUGCCAUCAUACCCGGCGUAAUGGAACAACCUAUACCAGUAUCCAUGAAGAGACCUAUUGUUGGAAUUCUUUAUGAAUCGGGUAUUACUCCUCACCCUCCUGUGCGUCGCGCAAUCCACGAGGCGAAACUGAAACUCGAGACCGCUGGAUAUGAUACUAGAGAUUUCACGCCUAUCUGCCCUAACUUCAUGGAAAUUCGGAAUAUUGCCUCUCAGCUAUUCACAGUCGACGGCCUCUCAUAUCCGAGACGAGAACUAGCAAAAGCAGCUGAACCUGUCGUCCCGUCCGUGGCAAACUUUGGAUAUUGGGACAUUCCUCGAAAAACUCACGAAGAAAUGUGGGAUUGGAACACUAAGAAAGGUUUAAUCCAAAAACAAAUGCUCGAUGCCUGGCAGCAGCUUGGGAUUGACCUGCUGGUUGCUCCAGCCGCACCUCAUACCGCUAUUAAUCCCGAUAAAUGCACCACAGAACUGUACACAGUUGCUUGGAAUGCCGUGGAUUAUCCGGCCGUUAUUAUUCCAUUUACAAAGGUAGAUCCUACCUUGGAUCCUAAAUAUGACGAUUUCAAGCCCAAAAAUGACCUGGACCAGGCUAUUCAAACACUCUAUGACCCAGAGGUCAUGGCCGGUGCCCCGGUGUCACUACAAAUUAUUGCUCCCAGACUUCAAGAUGCGGCUUUGCUUAGGAACACGGAUAUUAUUGACGGCAUUCUAAAUGGCAAAACCUAG